AUGGAUAUCCAUUUUAAGGAACAAAACCUCAUCAAGGAACUUGUUGCUCUGUCAACACGAGAACAAAUACGUCACAUUCGGGAGCUUCCAAGGAGCUUUGAAGAAAAGCAGCAUAUAAGGAGACAAGUAAUGGCUUUCAAGUCUUCCAAACACUCUAACAACUUCACGUGUUUAACAGAUUGCUCUGAAAAGAUAUCACUGUCUUUUCGAAGGUGCGGUUACAGUGUAAAGUCAGCCAGGCAGACUCUGGAGCUGUGGCACGGCAUCAUGAAGGAGAUCGGGGGCAAAUUCGGCUCCAGUGUUCUCACCUAUUUCGUGUUCCUCAAGUGGCUUCUGAUGUUCAACGUUUUCUCCUUCUUGGUCAAUUUUGGCUUCAUCACCAUCCCGCUGCUUGUUUACGACCCUUCACCCAACAUCCCUUCCAAUGUGAGCUUCAGAGGGCUGGAGCUACUGACAGGAGCUGGUUAUUUCACCUAUACUGUUAUGUACUAUGGUGGCUACAGUAAUGGGACUCUGAAGGGUUUGGUGGAUUACAACAUGCAGCUGGCCUAUUUCUUCACCAUUGCCAUCUACAUGGUGCUGUGUGGAAUUGUGCUURUUUUCAGCAUGGCAAGCUCAUUCAAGAAGAACUACGCACUAGCAGACCAAGCUUCUAGCAGUGCAUGGCAGCUUCUGUGCAGCUGGGAUUUCAGUAUGACCAACGACAGAGCAGUGAGACAACGCAAAACCAACCUMCGUGUCCAACUCAAGGAAUCUUUAGCAGAAAAAUCCCAGAUGAAACGRCUAACACUUUCUGAGAAACUGGAAGACUUUGGGAUUCAUUUUGGUUGCUGGUUUCUCUCCACCAGCUUGGCUCUUGGCUGUGGAGCCAGCAUCUUCUACCUCUGCCAAUAUGAACAACAGRCGUUGGACUCUGGACCCUGGUCUCUGCUUAAUGAGGCCGAGACGCUCCUGGUUCCCUUCGUGGUGUCUUUGAUGAACUUGGUCAUUCCGCUCUUUUUCUCCCUCUUCAAUAAGUUUGAGCGCUACUCCAACCAGCGCGUGCAGAUUUAUGCCGUGUUGAUCAGAAAUGUGUUACUCAGGAUGUCCAUCCUGGGUGUUUUAUGUUACUACUGGAUGAACGUGAUCCCUUGGAAAUUUUCGUGCUGGGAGUCCGUGGUGGGACAGGCUUUGUACCGGCUGGUCAUUAUCGACUUCCUUUUUCUCAUGUUGGGAUCAUUCUUUGGAGAAUUUCUCAGCAAUGUCAUUGGGACCAAGUUACAACCACGACUUGGGGUGCCAGAGUUUGAUGUAGCCAGAAAUGUCCUUGAACUGAUCUACGCUCAGACUUUAGCCUGGAUUGGGAUCUACUUUUCUCCUUUGCUGCCSGUCAUCCAGAUUCUGAAAUUCUUCAUCUUGUUUUAUUUAAAAAAGGUCAGCCUGACCCAGAACUGCCAGCCUCCGCGGCGAUCGAGCAGAGCGGCUCAGAUGAAAACCAUCUUCAUCUUCCUCCUCUUCUUCCCUUUCUUCGUGGGAGCCGUGUCGAUAGUYGCGUACAGCGCGUGGAGUCUGCCCCCCUCACAACACUGUGGGCCUUUCCAAGGACUCAACAACACCUUCAGUGUGGUUGAAAUCUGGAUCRRUGAUUUGAAGGAAAUUCCUGGUUCUGACUGGGUUGUGUGGAUCUACCUAAACAUCAUCAAGAGUGAACUCUUCUACUUUCUCAUCACUCUCAUCAUCAUUGUUGUCAUUUACAUCUUCUGGCAACUCAUUCAAGGCCGCAAAGAGCUCAUCGCUCUGCUCCGACAGCAGAUCAUUAAUGAGGGAAAAGACAAGACCUUCUUGCUGGAGAAAAUACAAAGCCUGCAGAGCUCUCACCCUCAGAUCACUCCCAAACCAAUGACUCAAAGAGGGCCCUCGAGUCGACGCUCAGAUGGCCGCUCCUCAGGAAGUCAGUCCAACUCGAAUGCCAUGGUUCAGGUUCUACUCGCUCGCCAGCAGCUGGAGGAAGAGGAGCAGAGUCGCAGCCUGGGCGGAGUCUCUGUUCCCUCUGACAUUUCCAGCUCCAGCGCCGUCACGCAGGCCUUGCUGGCCCGACAGAGAGCUGAGAGGCAGAGUGAAGACUUUGACCAGGGGCCUGACGAACACCCUUCAUCCCUCAGCGCCGUUGAGCAGGCCAUGGCAGCCCGGCAGAGAGCUCAGAGUAACGACAGGGAUGAGUACUGGAGUGUAACUGACUUUAAUGACAGAAACCCCGUCGACAGACCCAGCGCCGUCGCGCAGGCCGUGCUGAGGGAGGAGAGCGCAGACGAGGAUCCGCGAGGCCUGGCGUCACCCGUGUCCAGUGUGAUGGUUCAAGUCAUGCAAGCCAGGCAGAGAGCAGAGGAAGAGGAGAGGAGUCUGUGGACCCCGGCUCCACUGCAGAACCCAGCUCCUUCUGGCUCCAGCGCUCUCAUCCAGGCCAUGUUGGCCCGGCAACAGGCACAGAAUGAAUACGACGAUGGUUACUGAGCAAUGUCUUUCAAAAGCAAAAAACUCUCUCUCUCUCUCACACACACACGCACACACACACACACACACACACAAAAAAAAAACAUCUAAAAAUGUUAAGACUGAAAUCAACACACUGAGUCCUACACACAAUAUUAUUAAUGUAAAAACUAUAACAGGACAAAUAGAGAGUGCAGGUUCACCUCUUAAAGUGUAUUUUUUUAUAAAAUUAUAUUAUACUAAUAUAUUCCUGUAUCUACCUUUAAUGCUGAGCUUUGGUGUAGAAAUACAGAAUAAACAUUAGUUUUAUU